CCCUCCUCAUAUAGGAAGAUAUCACUUCAUAUCAUUCUUUCGUAUAAAUAUAAGAGGGCACACAACAUACUCUAUAACGUUUCAUUAUCUAUAUCUGAUAGGUUUAUUUAAAUCCUCAAAAUUUUUCGGUAUAGUGACAGCUAUCCAGUUAAUUGUAAUUAUUUUUUUCAAAUGGCCGAAAAUAGUUUCAGAACUAGAUCUUUAGGUACAGCUGUAGAAGGUGUGCGGGAUCAGUACGCCGAUGGAAAAGCUGCGAAAGUAUGGGAAAUUUUCAUAGGUGAUCAGAGUUCUCGCACUAAAAAUUACAGGAAUUUUCUUGUUGAUCUGCUUCGCAAGAAGGGAUGCAAGAGAGUUUUGGAUGUAGCAUGUGGAACGGGGGUUGAUUCCAUAAUGCUUCUGGAGGAAGGCUUCGAUGUUGUGUCAAUAGAUGCUUCUGACAAGAUGCUGAAAUACGCAUUGAAAGCUAGGUGGAACAGAAGAAAGGAACCAGCUUUUGAUAAUUGGAUUAUUGAGGAAGCAAAUUGGCUGACAUUAUCCGAUGACAUAGAGCAGCUAAUUGGAGGAGGAUUUGAUGCCGUUAUAUGCUUAGGAAACUCCUUCGCACAUAUGCUUGAUUCUAAUGGGGACCAAAGAGAUCAAAAAAAAGCUCUUAUGAAUUUCAAGAAAUGUUUAAGACCAGGUGGAAUUCUCCUCAUAGACCAUAGGAAUUAUGAUGAUGCCAUCGAUACAGGAUAUACGAGUCCCAAAAGUAUAUAUUAUAAUAGCAAUCAUAUGAUUGACAUCAAAACAACAGUGAUGUACACGAGUGGCAAACCAUCACUGGUGAUAUUAGAUUACUUUCUGGACACCUCAUCGUUUGGAAAAAAUGAUUUCGUGAACGAAGAAAGUAUAAGUGAGUUCCGAUUGAGCUACUAUCCUCACCGAUUGAAGGUUUUCAACAAAAUGCUUUUAAGCGCCUUCGGAGAGGAUGCUUAUCAUGAAAUUUAUGGGGACUUCAAGAGCCUGAAUGAAAUUGAAAAUCCUGCAUUCUAUAUACAUUUCAUAGAGAAAUCAAACUGAGUAUUCUGUUGAAGUGUGGUUAGGUUUUAUUGAAAGCUGAAGUCACGUUGGUACGUCUGUUACCAUCUUUCGACUGAUUUGGUUCACUAUGAAUUAUUUUACCAUGGUAUCCAAUCCUUAUUUGAAAUUAUACGUCACAUGUACAA